AUGAAUUUAGUGUUUUCACGAUUCUUGGCAUACCUUCACAUCGGGUUCCAAGUCGUUCUCCAUACGUUCAUCCACCCGAGUCAUCUUCACCCGCAGCCCUGCCACAUCCUGGCUCGCAUCGGACACACCGUGCGCUUGGGCGCGCUUUUGCCUACUCGACAGCCGUCCAGGAUACAGUCCGCCCUGAACCGCGCCCUCGUCCACCUCCGUCAAACUGGUAACAACUUUUUACCCUAUAACCUGAGUUUGGAGGUACUGUCUCGGGAGCCCCUGAACGGAGACCCAGAAUCCCUCUUCAGAUGCGUGUGUCAAGACAUAGUCGUGCAGGGAGUCUCUGCCGUUCUCGCUUUUCCCCAGACCGAGGAAGAGCUCAUACAAGUGGAGUUUAUGUCCACCUUUUUAGAAAUACCUUUCAUCAGUAUCAUUGAACAAGGAGAGCCUCUCAGAACGGAGAACCGCUUCCACGUGCAGAUGCUGAUGCGGAUGCCGCCCUCCGGCCUGGCCGACCUGCUGGUGGGCGUCCUCCGGCAGGGGGGUUGGCGCGGGGGCACGGCCGUGCUGUGCGAUGGCUGGGAGGCUAGCGGCGUGCUGCAGGCGCUGGAGCAGUCCGACCGCCUGAGCGCCGACUCCGGUGCUGCCGGCGCGUCCGCGGGGCGCAGGAGGUGGGCUCACUGGCACCUGUGGGAACCUCUGGACCUGUCGGGCUCCCCGUCGUCGGACCGGGGCGAGGAGGAGCUGCUGGAGCUGCUGUCGCAUCACCUGAGCCAGGCGCCGUCGCCGCUGGCCUCCUCUGUGUGGCUCUUCGGCUCCGAGCCGCAGUGCGUCUCCGCCGUGCUGAGCGCCGCCCACCGGCUCAACCUCGGCCAGGCGGUGGCGCUCGGCGCCGCCUCGGCGCACUGGAUUAUGGGAUACCCGUUGACGCUGGACGCGCUGCAGGCCAUCGGGUCGCCGCAGGGCCUGCUGGCCUACGGCGAGGUGAACCGCAAGCCGCUCAGCUUCUACGUCCGCGACGCGCUGCAGCUGAUUGGUCGAGCCGUGACGACGGCCACGCUGGUGCGGCCCGACCUGGCGCUCAUCCAGAACAUGGUCAACUGCUACGACAAGCCCAACAAGCACGAGCUGCCCUCAUCCGGACAGUACCUGGCAAGGUUCCUGUCCAACACCUCGUUCAGUGGCGCCACGGGCCCCGUGCAGAUCGAGCGCUCGCUGUCCCAGGUGCUGCCGUCGCAGCGCUUCCACGUCUGGAGCCUGCAGAGGGACGCGGUGGGGCAGCCGUCUUGGGUGACGGUGGCCCACUGGCAGGCGGGCGAGCUGCAGGUGGAUGACCAGGGCCUGUGGCCCGGCGGCGGGAAGAAGCCGCAGGACUCGGGGGGAGCGCCGGGCGUGCGCUCAGGGGGGCGCUGGAGGGCGGGGCUGCCAGUGUCGGGCAGCCGUCUGCGGGUGGUGACGCUGGUGGAGCACCCGUUUGUGUUCACGCGCGAGGUGGACGACGAGGGCCAGUGUCCCGCGGGACAGCUGUGCCUGGACCCGCACACCAACAGCUCGGAACUAAUCAACCUCAUGUUCCGCGAGCUGGCCUUAGCCAAUAGCAGCUCGCUGACCGCAGACUACCGCAAGUGCUGCUACGGCUACUGCAUCGACCUGCUGGAGAAGCUGGCCGAGGACAUGAACUUCGAGUUCGACCUGUACAUCGUGGGCGACGGCAAGUACGGCGCCCUGAAAGGCGGCGGCCAGUGGACGGGGCUGAUCGGCGACCUGCUGAACGGCGUGGCCGACAUGGCCGUCACCUCCUUCAGCAUCAACUCGGCGCGCAGCCGCGUGGUGGACUUCACCAGCCCCUUCUUCUCCACCAGCCUGGGCAUCCUGGUGCGCAGCAAGGACACGGCCGCGCCCAUCGGCGCCUUCAUGUGGCCCCUGCACUGGUCCAUGUGGGUGGGCAUCUUCGUGGCCUUGCACAUCACCGCGCUCUUCCUGACGCUGUACGAGUGGCACAGCCCGUUUGGCAUGACGCCGCACGGCCGCAACCGCCGGCGCGUCUUCUCCUACUCGUCGGCGCUCAACCUGUGCUACGCCAUCCUGUUCGGCCGCACGGUGUCCAGCAAGACGCCCAAGUGCUGGACGGGCCGCUUCCUCAUGAACCUCUGGGCCAUCUUCUGCCUGCUGGUGCUGUCCAGCUACACGGCCAACCUGGCCGCCGUCAUGGUCGGGGAGAAAACCUUCGAGGAGGUCUCGGGGAUACACGACGCCAAGCUCCACCACCCAUCCCUGGGGUUCCGCUUCGGGACGGUGCGAGAGAGCAGUGCGGAGGACUACAUGAAGAAGAGCUUCCCCGAGAUGCACGAGUACAUGCGACGCUUCAACAUGCCCACUACGCCGGAUGGAGUCUCUACACUCAAGACAGAUCCUCCUCAGCUGGACGCCUUCAUCAUGGACAAAGCCCUGCUGGACUACGAGGUGUCCAUCGAUGCAGACUGCAAGCUCCUCACCGUGGGCAAGCCGUUUGCCAUUGAAGGGUACGGGAUCGGGCUGCCCCAGAACUCCCCUCUGACCCGCAACGUCUCCGAGUACGUCAGCCGCUACAAGUCUGACGGCUACAUGGACAUGCUGCACGACAAGUGGUACAAAGUGGUCCCCUGCGGCAAGAGGGUCUUCGCCGUGACAGAGACUCUACAGAUGGGCAUCCAGCACUUCUCUGGUCUGUUUGUGCUGCUGUGUGUGGGCGUGGCUGGCGCUCUACUCACGCUGGCCGGGGAACACGCCUUCUACCGCCUCGUCCUGCCUCACCUCCGACACCACCAGCGCUUCAAGUACUGGCUGCACACCAGUCAGAAGAUCCAUCGAGCUUUGAACAUGGCCUGUGAGGAUGAAGCCACACAUCACACAACCCCAGACAGAAGUCCAACGUUAUGCCUCUCUGAUAGCUGCAACAUCCACCGUCUGCAGCCGCCUCCCGCCUCCCCGCAGCCCGCCUCCUCCACCUCCUCCUCCAGCUCCUCCGCCACGGCCUGGAACAACCAGAGUGCCCGCGCGUCCCGCGAGCACGGCCUCAAGGACAGCAAGAGAGUCCACUUUAACCUGGACACCCUGAACACGUGCCGUCUCCAGGCUCCCCCGUCGGGCCCCGACCGGGGGCUUCGCCGGGGCUUGGUCGGCAGUCCGCCGACGCAGCUGUGCGAGAACGGCGGCCCCGCCACGCUCAGCUUGGUGCUGUCUCCCCCAUCCUGCUCCUCCGGCUCCAAGGCGGGGAGCCUCUCCCUGUGGGAGGGGGAGCUCCAGGAGCUGCAGGGGCGCAUCGAGGAGUUCCGCGGCCAGCUGAGGGCUGCCCUGGCCAGGCGCGCCGAACUCCAGAGCAGCCUGGAGCGCGAGAAGAUGCAGAGGGUGCGAGCCGUCGUGGAGUUGUCUUCAUCAUCGUCCGGAACUACCACCACUGCCGACCGGCCGCUCCCGGCCUCCGCCACCACCACCACCAUCGCCACCACAGCCACCUCCGUCACCACCGGCCCAGUCAAAGACAAGGACACCAACCUGAGGAGGUGAUGUAUGGUGUGCGGUGUGUGUAUGGGACUGCUUGGGAGCAUGUGAUGGUGGAAAUGGAGGCUGAAUGUGAGACUGGACAGGCUGGACCGGGUAUUCGCUUGUGAUCCUUGUGAUGCUCACUUGGUGCUCCGCAAUGACUUUGUCUCGUGAACAGGCCACAAGAGGACAUAUUUUUUUGAGACUGGCCUGAAAGGUUGCCAUGUUCUGGCGAGUUUUACAAGAUUCCCUUUACAGGUGGAUUAAAAAGGGUUUUCAUUAGCCAAUAUUUUGAAGUUUUGAGAACUGGAGUGUCACUUUGAGCAUUGUAGAUACUAUGCCAAGAUACCCUGUGAACAGAAGCGCAAAACUUUUCAGUCGGUCAGUUGCUUUUUUCUAGAGGUGGUAUAUACUUACACCCGCUGGUCUGUAAUAUAUGAAAAGGUGAUGCUUGUGUGUAAGAACUGCUAGCUGUAUCAGAAGUGCUGUAUUUGACCAAUAGUCUGUUGACUGAUGACUAAAUGAAUCAAUAUCUCUGUGACAUGAAAUCGUAUUUCCUAUUACUGCAUUUCAAAAUAAAUUUGGUUUAC